CUCUGUUCUAACACUGCUGGGGGGAGCUGGAGCUCUGUUCUAACACUGCAGGGGGGAGCUGGGGCUCUGUUCUAACACUGCAGGGGGGAGCUGGAGCUCUGUUCUAACACUCUUGUGUCAGGUUUCUGUGGAUUCUUGUGGAGGUUACUAUGGGGUCCAGGUUUCUCUGCUCAGACUGAGAUCAAGCUGUACAAAGUAUCACAUUUUAUUAGACUCUGAUACACUGUAUGACCAGGAGAGUGUCAGCGCUGGGUCUCAGUAACUUCUAAACUGGGAUUGGAAAACUACUGCAAAUUAGAACUUCAUGGCUGAUCUUCCUGAUAUAAUUGUGAGGAAUUCUUCUCCCAGUGCUUGAGGCUGGCAAACCUUCAAGGGAGCUCAACUCCUUCAACCAACAGACACUUUGCCAAUCACAGUCGCUCUGAACUUCUGUUCUCAUCGGUGAUUGACAUCCCACAGGAUAUAGUUUGUGGACAUAUCAUUCUAUUUAAAGGGAUUUACAGCCAGCUCUGGCUUUAGGAAUCCCCAGAUUUACAAUGGAAUUGAACAUGAAUCCCCAGAUUCAGACGACGUGAGAUGGAGAUUGGACCCCAGUAUGCCCCACUGGCUGUGCAAAGGGUACAUUCAAUAAGGAGGAACUAAGGAUUAAAUCCGCUGUCACACAGACACAAGGCGGCAAGACGGAUUGCUACUCCCAGUACCCAGCAAAAUCACAUUUUAUCAUGGUUCUUUCAUGAUGAUGAUGUGACGUUGUGAUCUCCACCUGCAGCAAAACCAAACAUGGAGAACAUUACCUCUGUCCCCCAGAACAACUCAUGCACUUUCCAGGAGGAUUUCAAGCAAAUCCUUCUCCCUGUGGUCUACUCUGUGGUGAUGGUUCUUGGUUUGCCUUUAAACUUCAUUGUCAUUCUUCAGAUCUGGCUGUCCCGGAAAGCUCUGACCCGAUCAGCCAUUUACACGUUGAACUUGGCCGUGGCUGACCUACUCUAUGACUGCUCUCUUCCCCUUCUCAUUUAUAACUAUGUUCAGCAAGAUUAUUGGCCUUUUGGGGACUUCACUUGCAGGUUUGUCCGUUUCCAGUUCUACACCAACUUACACGGCAGCAUCAUGUUUCUUGCCUGUAUGAGCUUUCAGAGAUACAUGGGCAUCUGCCACCCGUUGUCUGUCUGGCACAAAAAGAGAGGAAAAAAGUUCACUUGGGUAGUCUGCGGUAUUGUUUGGUUUGUUGUGAUCGUCCAAUGCUUGCCCACAUUUGCCUUUGCAUCUACAGGUGAACAACGAAACAGAACCGUCUGCUAUGACUUGAGUCCACCGUCACUAUCUGCAAAGUAUUUUCCCUAUGGAAUAACACUGACUAUCACAGGGUUUUUGAUCCCUUUCGUUGCAAUUUUAGUUUGCUACUGCUGCAUGGCCAGGAUUCUCUUCCAGAAAGAUGAUAUGAAUCCUCCACAAGUGCGCAAGAAGAAGGACAAAGCCAUUCGAACGAUUAUUAUUGUGGUUAUCGUCUUUGCCAUUAGCUUCUUCCCUUUCCACCUCACAAAAACCAUCUACUUGGUGGUGCGUACCCAAGACGAUUUGCCCUGCCUGGUGCUGCAGACUUUUGCCAUUGUAUACAAGUGCACACGGCCGUUUGCCAGCAUGAAUAGUGUGCUGGAUCCCAUCCUCUUCUAUUUCACACAACAGAAAUUUAGACAGAGCACCAAAACCCUAGUGAAACGGGUCACCUCAACAUGGAGGACGGAAACGAAUACUACAAUCAAACAAUAACAGGAGCUGUCUUGUAGUGACUCAAUGUUGGAAGACAAUUGCAAAAAACAUACUGUACAUAUUUGAAAAGUCCGUACUGGAUAAGGGAAAGAUUCAAAGCAGUGGCAGUAAUGGUUUGUCAACUUUAGUUAAAUGGAAGCUUUUUUCCAUGUCAGCUACUGUUAUCUACGGGAGCAUUGCUAGAUAGCAGAAUGACAAGGGGCUUCAGACCAGGGUGAGAUAUUAUAGUCCCUCCAGCAUAUAUUGACUUUAGACCCUCCCUAGGCCACACCUUGUACCCAGAGCCGAUUCUGGGUGGGUGCAGACCACCCAGGUGCUCUGUAGAUAGGCAUGGGGGUUGCAGUGUAGGUGCUACCCCUGAGAUAGGCCCUGCCCCAUCUCAUUAGGCACGCUACACUCACAAUAGGUGACAGGCGGCAGAGCUGUAAGGAAAACAUUUCACGCUAAGAGGCUGUUAAAGACUGUGUUCUGUGUUUAACUCUAACAUGUUCUAAGAAUCACAUUACAAUAGUCAAUCUUUACAGAAUUUAGAGUAUUAUCUAAACUUACAUUCACAAACUUCACUUUUGCCGGAAUGCUGUAGGUCAUGUGUAGACAACCUUCGGCACUCGAGAUGUUGUGGACUACAUCUUCCAUAAUGCUCUUACACCCAUAAUGCUGGCAAAGCAUCAGAGGGAGAUGUUGUCCACAGCAUCUGAAGUGCCGAAGGUUGUCUACACAUGACCUACAGCAUUUACCCCAAACAUGCAGCAUUAAAUCUGCGUCUUCUGAAUUAGAACCCCACUCCCACAGCAAUACCUCCUCAUUCUAGGCCAGUUGUUCCCAACCGAGUUCUCAAGUACCCCCUACCAGUCCAGGAUUUAUUGAUUACCCAGUUGUGUCUAAGGUGUUUU